AUGUCACUCGCAUCUACCCUCUCUCCAAUAGGCAUCUCCUUUCGUCGUGAACACACACCUACUCAGAACGGCCCUAAGAGUGUUUCCUUCCAACAUGAAACCAAUUAUCUAAAUCUCCACCGAACAUUGCUACGGCUCCAGCACUUAAUCCUCCUCACGCCUGCGCCUAUCUUAACCUCAAAACAAGAUGCCGGCACUCUACGAGAAAGAGCGCAACUGACGCCACUCCAGAGCCAGAUACAAGCCGAGCUAUGGUCUCCGCUGCCAUACAGCCGUGAGAAGUGGCUGCAGGAUGUCGAGGGAGCACGCACACUGCUUCUACAGCUCGAACGCCAGGCACAAAGCAUUCGCGUCCAACGCGCAAAGUACGAAGCCAUCAAAGAUCUCGCGGAGAAGCGAGCGAUUGUGAAGAGGUUAAGAAACCGGAUUGAAGAGAUUGGAAGGGAGGUAGAGCUCAUGGGUAGUGAUGACUAUAAACCGCCCUAUCGAGACGAUAAUGCAGAAACACUAUUCGAUGCUUUGCGGGAGCACAGCCAGGCAACAGGCAAUGAGGAUAAGGACCAUGGGAUAUCGAAGGAUGGUGUAUUGUUCGAGGGGAAGCUUCUCAAGGUUCUUGAAGAGGACGAUGGUGCGCCCGAUGUGAGAACUGGUCAACGAGAGGAAUUGUUCUCAUCUUCGGAAGUACGACGACGAGGUGGAAAUCAGGAUAAAUCAUCAAACUCAAGUGAUGCUCGAACCACGGGCUUUUCGAAUCUUCAAUCUACGGAACGGUCGCUUUUGGAUUCCUCUCGAGUACACGAAGACAUCACAGCUUCGCUAGUCAGUAUGGCAGCCCAGUUGAAGCAACAGAGUCGUGCGAUGCAUUUCUCUUUGGAGCAGGACAAAGGUCUUGUUGGAAAGGCACUAGAAGGUCUCGACAUCAGCCUUACCGGGAUGGAAUCUGCCAGCAAAAACAUGGCAUUCCUCAAGCGAAUGAGUGAGGAGGAGGGCUGGCUUGGACGCAUGAAACUUUACGCGAUGAUCUUCGCGAUGUGGAUUGCGGCAUUCUUGUUGGUGUUUGUGUGCCCCAAACUGAGGUUUUGA